AUACGUGUGCAGUUCAUCAACAACCUCAUACUGCAAUUCUGUGAUCCUGAAGCAAGUUGGCAAAGAAUGGGAAAAUGCUUGCACGUACUUGAUAUACACCGGAAAAGCCUAGGCCACGUCACUCGCUCUGACAUUGUCUUGGAAACAUAUUAUAGGGAUUCCAGGAUGUCUCGUUUGGCGAAGCAGUUGUAUGAUGCUGGUGUGAUAAUCAAAAGAUCAGAUUAUAGCAGCAAUAAAUUCUCAUUCGAAGGACGGAUCCUAAGCCUUCUCUUUUUCACUAUAGAUGAUAACACUGAAUCAACAUUUCUAAACAUGAUAGCUUUUGAAUGUUGCCAUGUUGAAGCAGGCAGUUACAUGACAACAUUUGCGUCCUGGAAUCCCAAGGGGUCAUUCAUAAAACUUUUGCGAGUGACCUAG